CUCAACAUCACAGUGGUGACAUCCCGUAUUAUGAUGAUGAACUUCCGAUCGUCCUCUCUCGUAACGGAACAUGCCUGACUUCACGCUUGGGCUCAGAUUUUGGCCCUUAGCAAGUGUUACCCGCACAUUACCCACGCCUCGUUGUUGCGUCAUGCAUCAAUUGCUGUCGUUUACCACAACCACCUUUUUUUUGGCUUUGCAUUUUGAGAUAUUAUAGUAGCAAAGCAUCCUCGACCAAGUGGAAUAUCUUCAACCUACUUGAAACCCUGGUGACAGUGCUUUCUACAGGCUUUCUGCUCUUGACUGUCUUUCUCGUGGAACUACUUACCUUACGAACAGCUCAGCCCUCUGCCUAUUUCCUGAGACGCUCGAGAAUUUUCCCAGCAUAACAGGGAGGUAGUGAACAAGCGCCCACCCUCCUUCCAACCAAAGCUCCAUUGAUCGAACAGCAUGUCUCCUGGCCGACGUAUAGCCCUCGGUGGCCUUGUCGUUGGCGCAGCACUGUAUUUCUGGCCGCAAGCCUCGCCAGGAGUCCCGGGAGCCCCGAUCACCACCUUCAAAACUACUGGUGUGCGGAACAUAGAGAAAGCUUAUGCGAACGGCGGUGCUACAUCCACACAUACCAAGGCCUAUGGCGGCACCGUCCAGGGACAAAAGGAAGAUGCACCGAUGAGGGAAGGCUCGGCCACCAACAACCCAAAGGGAUAUCAGCAAGAAGGAAUCGGAGACGACCAGCGGCCGAACGGACUCUUGAAGCCUGAGAAGUGGUGGAACAAGACGAUGUAUGGCAGUGAGAAAGGCAAGUGAGGAGGGCAGAUGGCCCCCUCUCGUGAAGAUGGAGCAUGAUUUUACGGAGUCAGAGCCACAACAAGGGAAGGGAUCAAAAGCAAAGCAAAGCAUGCUCAUCAGGAGUAAUUCAUCAUUGACGGUGUUUGGCCGACACUGCAAAUUGUUGUACAUAUGGACAGGGGCGAAUCCCGACAGAGUCUAUAUAGACCAUUCUUCACCAGUUCCG